AAAAACAAACCCCCUUGUAGCUCCACCGUGGUUCGGGCGGCUGCAUCGCUGCGCGCUGAUGAAGGUCCCGCCCGAACCGGACCGCGUGUGACCGGACUCAGACCAUCGCCAGCCGGGCUCCGCAGCGCCUGACCCAGCAGCAGCGAGCGGGAAUGAGCGAGCCGAGCGCGGUGAGGGAGGCGUGAGGCAGCCGCGCGGGCUGUGAAGCUUGUAUGCAUGCAUGUGCAGGAUGCAGGACUGCAGCAGGUGCACGUGCUCCUGCGCCUGGUCAGCGCAACCCCUGAGUGUGACCUAAGGACUUAAGGCCGCACGCUGGUAAAGGAAAUUAUAAAACACAAGCCCAAAAAAAGAAAGAAAAAAAGGUCCCAUGGCGUCCGGUCACGGCGAGUCGGUGCGGCGCAGGUUCAUCCGCACAAACCUGUGGUUCUCCGAGUCCGAGGACCAGGGCCCCGAGAGCCCAGAGAGCGCCACCGUGAGGGAUCAGCCUCGCUCGGCUGGACGUUGUGACGCUCCCGGAGACGAGGAACCUGAGCCCGAGACGCAGGAGCCGCAGCAGGAGCAGGAGCAGGAGCAGGAGAGGAAGGACGAUAAGGAUGACGACGAAGAGGCUCGUGGAAAAGCCUCCAGCGCCGCCGGAAAGGCCGGAAGCGAGGAGGAGGCGGAAGCAGAGGUGAAGGCGGUGUGCACGUCCCCCGGGGGGCGCUUCCUCAAGUUUGAUAUCGAGCUGGGCAGGGGCUCGUUCAAGAGCGUCUAUAAGGGACUGGACACGGACACGUGGGUGGAGGUAGCCUGGUGCGAGCUACAGGAUCGCAAGCUGUCUAAAGCAGAGCGUCAGAGGUUUAAAGAGGAGGCAGAGAUGCUGAAGGGCCUCCAGCAUCCAAACAUUGUCCGGUUCUACGACUUCUGGGAGUCGGCUGUCAAAGGAAAGAAGUGCAUCGUCUUAGUGACCGAGCUCAUGACGUCAGGCACGUUGAAAACGUACUUGAAGCGCUUCAAGGUGAUGAAGACGAAGGUUCUACGUAGCUGGUGCAGGCAGAUCCUCAAGGGUCUUCACUUCCUGCAUACGCGUACCCCUCCCAUCAUCCAUCGGGACUUAAAGUGCGACAACAUCUUCAUCACCGGCCCCACGGGCUCUGUUAAGAUUGGGGACCUCGGCCUGGCUACGCUGAAGAGGGCCUCCUUCGCGAAGAGCGUCAUUGGCACUCCUGAGUUCAUGGCCCCAGAAAUGUAUGAAGAACACUAUGACGAGGCAGUUGAUGUCUACGCCUUCGGCAUGUGCAUGCUGGAGAUGGCCACUUCCGAGUACCCGUACUCAGAGUGCCAGAACGCUGCUCAGAUCUACCGCAAAGUCACCAGCGGUGUGAAGCCAGCCAGUUACAGUAAGGUGUCAGUACCUGAGAUUAAGGAGAUCAUAGGGGAGUGCAUUCGCCAUCACUGGGAGGAGAGAUAUUCCAUAAAGGACCUCCUGAAUCACGCGUUCUUUGCAGAGGACACUGGCGUCAGGGUAGAACUUGCAGAGGAAGAUGAUGGCAAAAAGACGUCCAUCGCGCUCAGGCUGUGGGUCGAGGACCAGAAGAAGCUGAAAGGAAAGUACAAGGACAGUGGCGCCAUCGAGUUCACCUUCGACCUCGAGAGAGAGGUCCCAGACGCCGUCGCCCAAGAAAUGGUUGAAUCUGGUUUCUUCCUGGAAUGUGACAUGAAACUCGUGAGCAAGUCGAUUCGGGACCGUGUGGCUCUGAUUAAAUGGCACAGGGAGCGAGUUGUCACCGGAGGAGAAGGCCAGGCUGAGGUGAAGUCCGCAAAGACCCAGAUGCAGAACCUACUCAAGGUUCCCCCCUCUGGAAUACCAAAGGGUGGUACACCCCUCCCCCAAGCUGAGCCAGAGGAGCCUGAGGGCGAGCAGGUCACCCUGUUCUGUAGUGUCCCCACCAUCACUAGCAGCACUGUUACAUCAGACAUCACAGUCAGUUCCACUGUGAUUUCAGAAGCUUUGGGUAACCAGCACAGCGUUCCCUACCAGACCCUACAAGAGUCCCUCUCCACUUCCCAGAGACUCCUUAGCCCUCCAGCACAGCUCCUGGCUCAGCUGCAGCAGGGGGCUCAACCACACCUGACUCCACUGCACCAAGAAGCCCAAAAGCAGCUUGCUGCUCAAGUGCACCCAGGACCCCAACAGCAACCUUUGGCCCAGCAAGAGAGCCUACAACAACCUGUUGCACAUCUUGGAGCUCCACAACAGCCCACUACCCAGCUGCAACAGCCAAGUGCCCUGUUGUGUCAAGAGGCCCAGCCCCAGUCUACUAUACACAUGCACCAUGGAAUCCAGCAGCAGCCUGCUGUCCAGUUACUCCAGGGAAUCCAACCACAGCUUGGUGUCCAGCCACAGCCGAGUGCUCAGCUGCACCAUGGGAUCCAGCAACAACCUGCAGCACAGCUCCACCAGGGGGCCCAAAAACAGCCUAUAGCCCAGCUGCAUCAAGGGGCUUAUCAGCAGUCCACCCCACAGAUACAUCAAGGAGCCUUUUUGCAGUCAUCUGUGCAACUGCACCAGAGCCUUUACCAGUCAUCUCCUCCGCGACAUGGCAGUGUUCCCUGUGAGUCCCAGGAUUCUCUUUUGUCUAUUGAGAACUUGAUUGCUACCAGACGUGGCAGUACCUCAUUUAUUGAUACAUUGCAAAGGAGAGCACAUUUGCACACUCAUUUAAAGCCAUUGAACCAUUUGCCCUGCAGCUAUCCAAAACAGGCACCAGCUCAGAGGGAUACAGUAAGAGAGCAGGUUUCUCCAGGUCCACGUUCAGUGUCUCCAGUCCAGAAGGAUACUCUGCCCAUUAGGAGUGAUUCUUCAGUGGAAGCUGAACUGUCUGCUCAUGGAUUUGAUUCGUAUGCCAACUCAGAUCUUACUCCCCAGACUCAAGCCAUUCCUUCUACUCUUGGAAACUGUCCUGCCCCAUCGUGUCAUCCACAUUUCUGCCAUGGCUGCUUGGCGCUGUUGUUGACUACGAGGCCAGGAAGCGGAGGAUCACUUGACCACUCACCGGUCCACCUGAACCAAGCUCUUGUUUCUGGUGUGAACCCACCAUGUCUAGUCCACUCAGUCCAUCCUUCCGAAGUGAGGACCCCAGCCUCUCCCAAUCACAUGAGGGUAUCUUCUCCCAGAAAUUGCCCUCCCUCUGCAUUUCACAUUUACGUGCCCUCCCCAAAAGUCCAGAAUGGAUCGUCUCCCAUUCACCAGGCUGCACCAUCUGCAGUGCAUAUCACACCCCCAUCUCCUAAGCAUGAAAACCAUUCCUGUACUGAAAAGACUCCAGUACAGCCACUGCUUCCAACAUCUUCCCCUUCCCUAAAGUAUAGGACAGCAUCCUCACACAUAUUGAUCCCCUCACCAGUCACGUCUCCAGGCUUCCCUAUACGCAUGUCCUCUUCAUCUCCCGCUGAUCUGUGUUCCCCUCUUAGCCCAUCCUCUUCAGGGGUAUCCCUCACUGCCCCCCGCAGUGUUGGGGACAGUGUAGAUCUAUUUCACCUUGAUCGCUGUUUACAUCACAUCAUCAAUCGCCGCACCAGCUCUCCAGUGCUGAUGGACAGGACUGCAUGUCAGCCAGGUAGUAGCCAUGGAGAUCCCACAGCAUAUAGCAUCUCUGUUCCUCAAGAUAACAUCCAAGGCAAGGGAUCUUCACCCACUACGCCACACCGGGCACCUGGAGCAACGUUGUCUGUACAUGGCAUCAAGGUUGGACAAGUUCUUAUGCCCACAGCGGCAUUGGCUCAGACCAUGUCUGCUCCAGCCACACCAGCUCCAGCUGCUCCGCUAGCACAGGAGUUUCACCUCUAUCUCCAUCCUGCAGCUUUCCUGUCCCAGACUUUGUCAACCCUGCAGCCAGUUGUGGAAUCAUCUUCUGAAGCACAGGCCCAUCCUCAGCGUCUGCUCCAGUCAGCAGCGUCCAUGCUGAGCAGCGUUCCACCUCCACAACCGCAACAGAGCGUUCACGCCACGCCUCUCCUGCAGCCUCUUCAGAUUUCCACACAGUUUCCUUCGUCAUACCCUGUUCUGCCAACAGGGGGCACUCCUGUUGGAAGUGAGGCAAUGCCCUAUUCCCCUGUCCCAUACUCCUCCCCCUACCCCAGUGGUGGUCCUCCUGUACCCUCACCCUACUACUCGUCCGGUUCCGUCCACGCCCCUCUGUCUCUUGCCCCCAUACAAACCAUGCCCUCCAUACCUGGAGCAGGAACCCCCCAGACCCCUGUAUCUGCUCCUCUGGGCUUACCAGCCCCAAUCCCACUUCUGGGCAUGGCCCUUCCUCCGUCCCUCAUUCCCCCGCAACAGCAGCAGGUGUACUCUCCUGCUCCUCUGCCAGAUGGCACUCUCCUUCAGCCCCAGCCCACCCAGUUGUCUCUGCCCUUCCCUCAAAUAGGGCAGCCGCCGUCCUCCCUUCCUCAGCAAGAGCCCUGUAUCUCCUCGCCGUCUGCACAGGAUGACACUCUGGCACACGUCCAUGCAGACCGGACUUGCGUUCAGUCUCCCCCACAAAGAGAAGACUUGGAGCCCAAAUUUACUGCAGCCAGUUGUGCCCUUGUAGACAGAAUUCAGCAGAUUGUCCCUGAGAGUCCUGCACUGCCUCUGCAGCCUGUUGGAACCCAGACAGCAGCUGAAAGUGGCGCCGUACCCAGCAGCACUCAGCAGAUUCUGGACGCAGCAUCUGUGUUCAUUCCUCCUGCACCUGACCACAGCCUGGAGGAGCCCAUACCCAUGCCACUUCCCAGCUAUACCUGUGACAGUGUAAACUCAGAUGCCGCCUCAGGUAAAGAGAUGAGCGACAGCUAUGAUGGCACCACCAGCGGAGGGAAAGGUGACGGGAAACCCAGGAAACACCACCGCAAGUCGGCGCGCACCCGGUCACGGCAGGAGAAGACCAGCAAACCCAAGCUCAGCAUGCUCAAUGUCUGUGAUACAGGUGAUAAAAUGGUGGAAUGCCAGCUGGAGACCCAUAAUCACAAAAUGGUGACCUUCAAGUUCGAUUUGGAUGGAGACGCUCCUGAGGAAAUUGCCACUUACAUGGUGGAGAACGGCUUUAUCCUGCCCAUAGAGAAGGAGAUCUUCAUCGACCAGCUGAAGGACAUUGUGGAUAAAGCUGAGGACAUGCUAAACGAGGAGGUGGAGGGGGAGAGGCCAGCUGCCCUGAGGGACACUCCUCUUCAGGGUCAGGCUCCUGGCGGGGUGGGAGAUGAGGGAGCAAGAGGACAGAGAGAUGGAGCAGCGCAACCAGUCUAUCAGCAGAACGUGCUUCACACUGGAAAGAGGUGGUUCAUCAUCUGCCCAGUGGACGAGCCUCCUGUGGUCAGUCAGGAUGCAUCCUCAGGGGGAGCGACAGCUGUGCAGACGGCCCUUACCAGCACACUGACUGAUGGGACCGCUCCCGGACAGCCUGCUGAGAGUACCUUAGCUCAACCACUAGAGGGCAGCACCCCGUCAGCUUCUGUUUCUAUAGAUUCAGAAGGCUAUGCCACGGCGCCCCCCUCUGGCGACAGCGAUGCUCAUGGAUUCUGCAGCCCACUCUCUCUGACCACCACAGACCCCCUGUCCCUGGCUCCACUCUCUCCAGUGCCCCCUGCUCCCCUCGCUGCUGCUCUGUCAGCCUCCCAUCCAGAAGACGCUGCUGCCUCAACCGCGGCGCAGCUUAGAGCCCAGUCUGUCACGGCUCUGCGCAGCUCUCUGACCGUGGACGAGCCUUCGAGUGUGAAACUUGGGUCGCUCUCGCCGAUCCAUGCUGCCCAGCAGGUGGCAGAUCUCGCCUGUGCCGCGUCAGUAGCAGAGAGUGUGCCCUGUUGCCCACUAGUCAUGCCGCUAGCACUGGACGUUAGUGCAGGCAUUCAGCAGCCCUCUCCGCUGACCCCUCCUCUCGCGCAGGAGGCCCCAUCAGCGCGGGAGCAGCUGCAGUCCAUCUCGGAGCGCGGGCAGCACCCUGUAGUGAUGCAGCAGCCUUUCUCCGCUGUGGGCGGAGCUAAGGCCCCCUCACUGCCUCAGAGCCCCGCCCCCUCACAGCACCCACAUGCUCCAAACGAGUCGGACGGCGAGGGUCGCGGAAGGGUGGGGUUCGUGGACAGUACCAUAAAGACGCUGGAUGAGAAGCUGAGGAACCUGCUGUAUCAGGAAUACGUGCCCAUGUAUCCGUCGGGCAGUGCGGCUGAAACCCCCGGCUCCGGGACUGAGUAUAUCCAGUCCCCGCCCGGACCAGAGAGCGCCACAGGGGAGUCGGGGACCAGCACCCCCAGCCUCAUUGGAGAGGGGCUGAUCAGGGCUGGAGAGCAGCUGCCACAGAUUCCAGAGAGGGUGGACAGUCUGAGUGCGCUCAGUGACUCCGCGGUUGGAGAAAUGGUUCAUUCUGCAGUCACAGUGUCGAAGAGACAAGCAAUGCCUCACUCCACAUCCUGCUCUGGCUCCAGGAGUCGCUUUAAGAUGAUGCCCGGCCCUCCUGAGGCCCAGAAGAAGCAGCGGAGCUGGAGCAGCACAGCCUCUCCAGCGCACCCUGGCAGCUGUUUCGGGGAGCGCAGCGCUUACACGGAGCCGAGCAUGCCGGUCAGCACCAUCGGCCGCUUCUCGGUGGUCAGCGCGGAGGACGAGGUCACACGCAGGAAACACAGCAGCAGAUAUUCGGCUCCGCCUGACUUCUACCUGGACGCUCCGCCCUCCCUGAGCAAGCGGGGCUCCCUCCCGCGAGCGCACACCUCUGUCCCGGUGGACGUCCACGCCGCCCGCUUCAUGUCCUCCGACUCUGGGGCGGAGAGCAGUCCGGCCAAAAUGGCCCCCCCGACCCCCUCUCGGCUCGGCCGCUCGGAGAGGAGGGGAAGUGACUUCAUGAAGAGGGCGGUGGCCUUCCUGAGGCGCUCGGGCCGCAGCAGCAGCGUGCAGAGCUCGGACUCGCCCAGCAGGCAGGGCGGCGUGUACAUGAGCAGCGAUAACGACUCCGAGAUGGAGGACUCGGACAUCAAGAGAGAGCUGCAGAGGCUGAGGGAGAAACAUAUGAAGGAGAUUUCGGAGCUGCAGGCUCACCAGCGCGACGAGAUCGAGCUGCUCUAUAUGCGUCUCGGUAAAGCGCCCCCUCCUGGCCUCAGCCACACCUCCACCGUGCCCCCUGCUGGACGCAGACGCAGGGCCAGCAAGCACAAGCUCAGGGCUGGAAAACUGCUCAGCCCUCUGGUCCAGCAGCUGAGAAGCGUCAAAAAAACAAGCGAAAGCAGUAAAGCCGGCGAUGUGGCCAAAUACAGUGAGCCUUCUCUGAGUUUGAACGGCUCUCCGGCGCGAGCCUCGGUGGUGUCAGACAGUCGCUCUCGCUCGGGGACGAGCACUCUGCCCAGCUCUGUGUCCGAACCGGUCCAGACUCAGCAGCCCUGCUCCCUCAAGGGCUCGCUGUCUUCUGAUAACAUCUACGCUGGACUGCAUGGAGAGGGACCAGGAGCUUACAGCAGGCCAGGACAGGGUUGGCCUCACUAUCCUCAAGCGGCCGAGAGGGUCACCUAUAAGUCCAGCAAACCACGCGCUAGAUUCCUCAGUGGGCCACUUUCUCUCUCCAUCUGGUCGACGCUGAAGCGGCUUUGCCUGGGAAAAGAGCGCGGCAGCAGGUCUGGAGCUCCAGCAGCGUCUAAUCAGCCACAGAUGCCCCCGGGUUCAACCCCUCCGCCCCAUCAGCCGGUGGUGGGCCUGGCUCAAACACAGACCAACAACAGCAAUAACAAGACCGACCUGUUCCCUGUGGAGCUGCACAGGCUGGUGGGCACGUGGGUUCAAGAGGCACAGAGCCCCACACGUGCUCGCCCCCUCAGUCAGAGACCCCGACGGGCCACGAGAACCAGGACCAGGAGCACCGGAGGGAUGCCUCCAGCGAUAACGGCAACGUCCAGGCUGCCUCUCUCGUGGCCCAGAAUUGAUUCCCACACCUCCUCCCUGACAGCUGACCACUUGUUGGGCUUUCAGGAUGGAUUCUUGAUGCAUGGCAGCCCUUUCGGAGAGGUCCUGCGGUCCCCCCUCUAUAUCGCCCGUUGGCCUGCACUGACUGCACCUCUUAGCCGAGACGUGCUUACAUUUUCCACAGUGUCGCCUCCCUGGAUGGCACCGUUGUCUCCUCCAGAACCCCCCAGCUCUCAGAAUAGGACUUUGUAGCACCUAAAUUGAUGGCUUCCAUACACUGUCUAAUUGGUUGGAUUUCUCUUCAGUAUCUUUAAACUGUUGUUUAUCCUGCAGGGGUUCCCAAUCGUGGGAGCUCUCCCUUCUUCUAGCACACCUAAUUAACCUCAAAACUAAUUAACCCUUAGAAGUCAGAGUUAUGGGGUCCCCAUGGACUGGGAUUGGGGGCCAACCAGCUAGCGUCACAAGCUAUUAGGACAUACUACUAUAUCUGUAUCUCAUGUAGGCAUGUAUUGUAUGGCUAAUGUAUAUGUAUCCAGACCAGCGGUGUAAAUAUCCGAUCACCUGAGCAUAUGCUGGACCGUGUAUGUACAUUUAGCAUAUAUAUAUUUUUAAAGGGCGCCCAGUCACCCAUGAAUAUGUCCAUAAUCUAUGUACAGUGUAUUUUUUCAUUAGUUUAGGCUGUGCAUAGACAAACAACCUUAAUAUGAACUGUACCUACAUGUUUCUGCUAGUUAUAGAACUAAACCUUUACCGGUGGGCUCACAUGCCUGUACAUAGCCACUGUAUAUAAGUGUACAUACACCAAGCACACGGCAUACAUGUAGCUUAAUCCCUUCAUUCAAAAACAGACCCAGUGUGGAUGUAAAUAGCGUUUGAAUAAGUCAGUUCUGUAUGUAAAUAAGACAAAGAGGGAUUGUCUUGAAGUCACAGUCACGAUCACAUCACCGCUGUGUAGCGGUCACCAGUGCUUCACACCACGCUUUCUGGACUGUUGGCGCCUAAACCAGAUCCGCUAGAAAUGCCGCAUCUUUACUCCACCCAAAGGAAAUUUGAGAUCACUGUUGAUUUCAGGUGGAGAGCCUGCAAGAGUGCCUUGAACAGCAGUUUUGGACGCGCUGGGUGAAUAGCAAUACCCUUUCACCAGGAAAGCUGAGGCGGAGUUUUCUUCUCACAGGUGUUUCAGAGAUUUGUACGUUACAGGAGUCUGUUGACGAGGGACUUUCUUGUAGUUUGCCUGGCCGUUUUCAGCAGUGAGGUGAGGAGGGUGAGAUAUUGUGGUGGGCCCAUGAUCAUUUUGGACAACACUGCUGUUAUUAAAGCUUAUAUUUGGCAAAAUAUUCAGUAGCCAUAACAUAUAGUAACAUGAAGAAAUGAGAAAGAUGACGGGUUUUAGAAUUCCCCAGGUUCAGUGUACACCACCGUUCCAAAGUAAGGAAUCGCUGUUUUAUGGCAGGUACAUUCAUAAAAUGGUUCUAUUUUGCAGGGAUGGAUUACUGAUUGGGCCAUUGGGGCGAGUGCUCGGGGGCCUCUGACUACCAGGGGCCCAGGGGUGGGGUGGGGGGGUCACAAUGGAGUGCAAGGUGUCCCAAAUACUUGAGACAGUCCACUGCAGAUGUAGAUAUUAGUUGAACGAAUAGCCAUUGAAGAUGGUAAGAAUGACUAAAUAAAUGUUCCAGGUAGUCGAUUCAAAUCUUAAAUGCUAUGGUGACAAAAUGGGAUCUUGCAUAUUAAUAAGGGAAAUGUUUUCAUUCCUGGUUUGUUAAUAUUCUGAGAUUAUUUUAUAUCCAGACAUUUUGUAUUCAUAUAAAAGCAUAUUUCUUUAAACAAGCAAAAUGAUCUAUCAUUAUAGUGACAUCGUUUCACUUAAAGUAAGUAAAUAAUCUUAGAACGUUCUGAGAAAUAUCGACCCGAUUUAAGAUUUCUCUCGCCAAGACAUCAAUUUUACGGCUAAUAUGACGCCACAGCUUUUCAUUUCAGGUAGGAAGCUGUGAAAAAUGAAGAACUGUGUCCAGAAAGAUGAGCACAGCCGUAGAUGAUUCCAUAUUGAGGGAGAAAACUGCAGAACAUCAAGAUUGAAGUCAUAACAAUAAUCCAGCUUUUAGUAUUUCAGUCUGGACUAAAUGAAAUAACAGUUGUUAUUAUUACGACAGGUGAUUCCGUACUUUUGAAUGUUAGUGCAAACACAUGAACACUGUGAGAUUGUUCUGCGGCUGUGGUUCCAAGUCCUGGUUCUGUUCGGCCCUUUGAACCUCUCGAAGGGGUCGGGAAUGAGCGGAUGAGUUGUUGGAGCAAGAUGAACACUAGAAGGUAAAGUGCAGGGGCAUUCACGCACCAGGACUGGGAAGCAGAGCUGAUUUGAGGUGGUGAAAAUGUGGGUAAAUUUGAGUUCUGGGUUCAGGAGCGUGAUCCUGAACCUUCUCUCGCUGUUUUCAGUUCCUCAUAAUGUAAUCUUUGUGUGUAAAAGGCUGGGUGUGUGUGUGAGUGUGUGUGUUUUCUACAUGCAGAAGGCUUUAUAGAACUCUAAACUCUGUGUUUAUGAAGAAGUUUGGUCUUUCACAGCCCCCCCUCCCCUUUUUAUCCACUAAAUAUCACUUAGAUCAGGGUUGUGUAGGACUAUGCCUUUUUCCACAGACGAUGACUCGGACAUUGCUUAUACGAAUGUGCUGUUACUCAAUCAUGUGAUUCUUCUUAGAGGUGAAAUGUUGUAGAAUUGUACAGUGUACAGCUGUAGGGCUAUUUUACGCACCUCUUCCGAGGCAGUGGGGCGCUUUCACUGCGCUUUCCCGCUGUUGUGUCUUAGCUAUGCACAUGUUUACGGGAAUUGUCCAUUUCCUGCCCUUAUGUUCUGAUAUGCUUGCACUAAAAUCUCGCAAUGCUUCUUCUGCCUGCUGCUUGCUCUCCCUGUAUCCGCAGACCAGGGCCACGUCCGGACGCUGUAUUUACACGAGCACAAACAUUAAAGCUCUCCUACUUACUUGCAAGUUA